AGGACAGGACAGGACAGGACACCCUCAUGCUUGCUUCAUAAACCUCACCACAUUUUGCUGCCGCAGCUGUCGUGGCACACACAGUGAGCGUAGAGGUGCGCUACUUCUGGGAUGAUUAUGUCGAGUCGGUCAAAGGCUUUUUCACACUGAUCAGCGAUCACCGAGCCCGUUUCUCUUCGGCAAAAUAACGGAAUGUUGCCACUUUCUUUCUCAGCAAGGUCGGUUCCCACAGAGCAGUGAAGACUCCGCUCAUUUACCAUGAGCUGUUUGGAUGUUAUGUUCCCAGCCUAUGGACAUUACGCACCGUACGCACCGACUGUUACAGCUUUUAUCAAUAGCGUACAGGCUCCUACUGGUCUGAGCAGCACUUCUUCUCUCUGCCGGGAUUUUAUGGACACUCCCAGGGGUCCAGAGGGGAUGUCUGGGGGCCCAGGCACUGGAGGAUCAACUUCCUCUUCGUCUUCAUCAAACUCUUCCUCUUCCUCCUACACGCCUGCGACAUUGAGGCCAGAGGAGUGCCCCAAGGAGAAGCAAGAGGCCCCUGAGGCAGAGUACCUCUCUUCUCGCUGUGUCCUCUUCACCUACUACCAAGGAGAUAUCAGCAGUGUGGUGGAUGAGCACUUCUCCAGGGCCCUCAGCUCCUACAUGGAUGGAGAGGGCAAACGGCGGGUCUUAGACCAACAGGGCACAGAUACCACUUCACCUGGCAGUCGACGAAGCUUCCCCCCAUCCUUCUGGGACAGUAACUACUCCUCGCCUCAGAACCGCUCCCACUGUGAGACUGGAGCACCUUCCUAUUCCAUGGACCCAUACACAUCAGCCUUGCACCCGGGCCUAGCGCACCCACACGCUCAUCCUCACCCACACGCUCAUCCUCACUCCCACCCUCACCCACCAGAAAGCUGGGGAUAUGCCCAGGCCCAAGCCUACGGCCACCCACGGCCUCUUCAUGAACUGUAUUCACCGUCAGCUUUGGAGCCCCACUACGGGCCCUUGCUUAUGCCCACAGUGAGGCCACCUCAUCCCUUGAGCUUGCCAAGCCACUAUGAAGUGAGCAAGCUGGAGCCUACUGCCUCCUGGCCCGGUCUGCUUCCACCAGGAGAUGUCAGCCAGGCGCUGGCACUUAACAUGGAUACAGGCCUCCAGCAGCACAAGAAAGGCAAGGAGCUAUACUGGUUCUAACGAGCCCCUCAGUCACAUUGACCAGCCAUUACCAGAUCCAAUUAGUCCCUGGACCUGCUCCGCUAUUGAAGCAGCGUGUCCCUUUAUCCCCCCUACACACUGCAUCCCCAUCUAUCCACCCCCUUCUCUCUGCUCCUGGCCUCCCCUGCCAGUAUACAUCCUUGCUCCAGGUUGACAUGUGUGCACCAUGGAGAUAAAGCAGAGAGAGGGACAAAGAGACAGAGUGUCACUGUCUAUAAUCUGUGCUAUUGCUCUCUCUCUCUUCCACAUCUCUCUUCCACUCUCUCUCCUGACGCUGUCGGUGCUGCACAGACCUUGGCAAGGUGUGAGCUACAGUGACCUGUUUGGACUGGGAAAGACAGGAUCACAACAGACUUUUUCAGAGGACAGAGAGAUAGAGGGAUGAAUGGAGGGACAGGGGGAUGAAUAGCGGCAAGCAGGGAUUCCCUCCAACGUCCCUGGUUAUCUCUGUCUCAUGCUCUUUGUUGGUACAGUGGUUGUCAUCAUCCACUUAUCUGCAUUUGACAAAUGCAACAUGCAGUGAUAAACAGGAGCAGCAAGUAUGGCUGUUUAUGCUUUGUGACUCAUCAUGACACUUUCUUUUGGUUGUUGUUAAAUGAUUUUGGUCUCUGAAAUAAAGUGUUUCUAUUUAUUGGUGUUUACGUGCAUUUCUAAACUGUUUGGUUAGGCCAGUGUUCUAAAAUGAUUGUGAUUCAG